UAGCCAUGACGAUGAGGAAGCGCCCCUCCGCGUCCUCUCUUCUUGUAGCACCGCUGCUGCUUAUGCUUCUUCCAGCGUUUGGUCUUGCUGCAGGGAGGCGCAACCUGAUCACUAGAGACCCUCGGUACGACCCACACACGAACCCAAAUCCAGAACCACUGCCAGGAAAACAACCAGAUCCAAACCCUCAACCAUUACCAGACCCACAACCACUGCCGGGACCACGACCAGACCCAAACCCGCAACCACUACCCGAGCCUAAACCCAACCCACAACCACUGCCAGAGCCACAACCUGAUCCAAACGCUCAACCAUUACCAGGACCGCAUCCUGACCCAUAUCCACAACCACUGCCAGAGCCACAACCUGAUCCGAACGCUCAACCAUUACCAGAACCGCAUCCUGACCCAAAUCCACAACCAUUGCCAGGCCAAAACCCGCAACUGUUGACGGGUCCACAGCCAAACCCAAACCGGCAGCCAUUACCAGGACCGCAGCCUGAUCCAAACCCACAACCAUUACCAGACCCAAACCCGAAACCAUUGCCGAACCCACAGCCAAACCCAAACCCUCAACCAUUACCAAGACCGCAGCCUGAUCCAAACCCGAAACCAUUGCCGGACCCACAGCCAAACCCAAACCCUCAGCCAUUACCAGGACCGCAGCCUGAUCCAAACCCACAACCAUUACCAGACCCAAACCCACAACCACUGCCAGGCCCACAGCCGGACCCGAAUGCACAACCAAAACCACCACUUGCGACACAAGCAGAAAAGGAAAAUGUGGAAGCAAACAUCAUCCUAGAGGAGCCGCUAGGAUGAGAUGUUCGUGUACUACAACCGCGCCAGAUAUAGUACACUCUCAUGACUUAUAUUACCAGCUGGAUUAAAUAAGUGGCGUGUUGUACCCACCACCAUCAAGUCAUUCCAUGCUAUAUAAUGUCAAGAUCAAUCAAGAUUAGGGUAUGAUGCCCAUGUAAAUCUUGUGGUUGUCCUGACUUACUUUUCUAGCUUCUAUGGAGGAUAAGUAUGUGUGUGCUGGUUGUACUAUGAUUGUGUAAUGAUAUAUAUUAAAAUUUCUACUUUGUACCUUUA